CACGCGAGGGGCGGCCUGCGCUGGCGUGACGCGGCUGCGCGGGAUGGGCCGGGUCAGGGCCCAGGCGGCGGCCGCAGUAACGAGAGGCGGCGGAGCGACGACUGCCCUCCAGCCCAGACACCAUGAGUACCAAACAGGUCACUUGCAGGUAUUUUAUGCAUGGUGUAUGUCGGGAAGGAAGCCAGUGCCUGUUCUCACACGACUUAGCAAACAGCAAGCCGUCCACCAUCUGUAAAUACUAUCAGAAGGGGCACUGUGCCUACGGAACUCGGUGCAGGUAUGAUCACACGAGGCCCCCUGCUGCAUCUGGUGGUGCUGUGGGCACCGUGCCCCACAGUGUGCCCUCCUCAGGUUUCCAUGGCCCUCACCCUUCUUCCGACCUCACUGCAUCUGUUGUGAAAACUAAUUCACUUGAACCUGGGAAGCGUGAAAAGAGAACAUUGGUACUUAGAGACCGAAAUCUCUCUGGCAUGGCUGAAGAAAAGACACACUUGAGUCUGGUGAGUAAUCCAGGCAGCCGCAGUGACCCCCAGCCCAGCCCUGAGAUGAAGCCGCAUUCCUACCUGGAUGCCAUCAGGAGUGGCCUUGAUGGCCUGGAAGCCAGCAGCUCCCACAGCAGCGAGCAGCAGCUGUGCCCAUACGCGGCUGCUGGGGAGUGCCGGUUUGGGGAUUCCUGCGUCUACCUGCACGGCGAAGUGUGUGACAUCUGUAGGCUGCGAGUUCUGCACCCCUUUGACCCAGAGCAGAGGAAAGCUCAUGAGAAGGUUUGCAUGUCCACGUUCGAACUCGAAAUGGAAAAGGCCUUUGCCUUGCAGGCAAGUCAGGACAAAGUGUGCAGUAUCUGCAUGGAAGUGAUCCUUGAGAAGGCCUCGGCCUCCGAGAGGAGGUUUGGGAUCCUCUCCAACUGCAGCCACACGUACUGCUUGUCCUGCAUCCGGCAGUGGCGGUGUGCCAAGCAGUUUGAAAACAUGAUCAUUAAGUCUUGUCCAGAAUGCCGCGUGAUAUCAGAGUUUGUGAUUCCAAGUGUGUAUUGGGUGGAAGAUCAGAAUAAAAAGAACGAAUUGAUUGAAGCUUUCAAACAGGGGAUGGGAAAAAAACCUUGUAAGUAUUUCGAGCAAGGAAAGGGGACCUGCCCAUUUGGAAGCAAAUGCCUUUAUCGCCAUGCUUACCCUGACGGGCGGCUAGCGGAGCCUGAGAAACCUCGGAAACAGCUCAGUUCUGAAGGCACCGUGAGGUUCUUUAGUUCAGUGAGGCUCUGGGAUUUCAUCGAGAACCGAGAAAGCCAACAUGUCUCCAACACCGAAGAUGUUGACAUGACAGAGCUUGGGGACCUCUUCAUGCACCUUUCUGGAGUGGAGUCAUCAGAACCUUAGAGGGUAGAUGGUCACUCCUGCAUCUUGGGCUCUGCCAGCCAAAACUUUCCCAAGCUAGGAGGUGAGCUUCCCUGUGCUGCGGCUCGAGGUGGUGUGUGGCUCGGAUCUGAGUGGGGCGUCCUUAACCUUCGUCUCGUCCACUCUCCAUUACUACAGGCGCGGGAAGAGUGAAGGACAUAAAAUAACCUAAUUAAGUGUAUGGAAUUGUAUUUUUAUAGUUAUACUUCAAGCCCCUUCAGGGGGACCACCUAACCUUUCAGACUGUUUUGAGUGACUGCCUUUUAAAAUCCUGGCUCUUGACCUUUUUGAUCCUUUUCUCCCUGCCCUUAAUGCACCAGCUUUUUCUUACCAAAGGAUUCUUCAACUCUGAAAAGAUGCCUCUAAGUGGCAGAUUUCUCUAAGUGUAUUUAAAUAGUGCAUGGUCAAAAUUUUGAUUUAUGUAGAGCUUUCUAAGAACACACAAUGUUAAGGGAUUGCACAGCUGUGGCAUAAAACUUUAUCGACGGCUUUAAGGAUAGUCAUUCUUUUGAGUUCUCUCAAAAUGUCCCAGGCUGGAGCAGUAGUCUUGUUACCAUAAGCAGCAAACAGAGUGAAAGUAUACAGCUUUCUCCCUGUUAGGAGAUUCUUGGAGUUCACAGGAAGUACUGGGUGGCGGCAGUCCAGCCUGCUGUCUGGCUGGUGCUGGGGUCUGGAGUGGAGGGGUCCCUGCCCAUCCAGGCGAUUGCUCUGAGGGCUCAGAACACACCUGUGCUUCUGUAGUGUGUGUCACACUCAAGCCAUCUCGUCUGGUUGUAAAGCUGGGCUUUAACUAGGAAUUUUCUAAAAACUUCAUGGCAUCCAAGGAAGUUUUUGAUUCUGGCCCAGCAGUGGUUAAGAUUGAGGGCAAUUACGACCUUGUGAACCACAACAAACUUGUUACAAACCUGAAUUUAUUUUUGUAAAAAAAGAAAAAAGCUGUGGAUAUCAAAUAUUUUAUAAAAUGUAUUACUUAA